AACACAAACACAGUGUGUAUAAGUCGACUAUAAAACUGUAUCGACUGGGCUGGUGGUGCAGCCAGUGUUUAAGGCAAUACACACACACACUGUAAGGGCUGUCCAAUAUAAGCAGCGUCUGCCAGUGCAUCGGUCUGACUGUACAUUGAAUGUCUAUGAAUAAGCGCUGUUAUGAUACAUAAAUGAGUAUACAAUACAUUAUAUGCUAUUUGUAUGGUUAUUGUGUGUAAUGCUAUUGAGUGUGUGUUGUGUAGUGUUGUGUAUAUAUGUUGUAUGGUUUGAGCCAUUCAUUCAUAUAUAGAAAAAUGGCCGCAAAUGAAGAUGAACUUCAUUACAUUGAAGUUUUCCAGAACUGCUUCAAUAAGAUCGCCCACAAACAGACAGACAAAACUCGUGGCGAUUCCAUGCCUUAUGUGAUGCCUUACGGGUCUUCUGGUGACUCCCACACUCACGAUGACGUACUCUUGCAAAUGGGUCAAUCCGUGCAACCGCCUCCACAUCCCGGCCAGUCGGGUGUACCCGUUGGAGUACAGUCACAUUAUCACCAGUUAGGCGGCGACCAUCAUAUGCACCAUCACAUGGCACCGCCGCCAUCAACCGGCCCUAAUGGCACUCAAAAUCAAUCCAAUGCUUCGGACACACAAUAUUUUCCACCGUUUUGUGAUACACAAAGAGGCACACUGUAUGGUUCGGACGCCUCGAGCUAUUACUUAGAUUCGGGUGACUGGAAUGGACAGUCAAAUUAUCAUGCGUUCGGACCGCCGCAGCCACAAACGCCACAACCAGUUCAGGCAUCGCCCGUCUCAGUGUCGUCCGUGACCAGUGGAGGGGUGGGUGCAGUUCCCACUCAGGCAUAUCUUCACGACAACAUAUUUGAAAACAGUCCAAUUUUAUCAAGUCUUCCUCCAAUGUCCUCAUUUCGCGCUCAAACUGGUCCACAGGUAGCGCACCCGACAGUCUCACCCUCAUCAGUGUUUGUGUCACCGAUAGCAACGGGAACCACCACUUCAAGUGGAUCACCGAGUCUUACCACUCAAUCCGAAUCGGGUGAGGCUAUCGGCAAAGCAUUGGCUAGCAUUUACUCAAGCGGUUCGGGCGUCGCCAAUACUGACCACACGCCCAGCAGCUAUUCCGGUUCGGCCUCAUCGACACCCGUAUCCUCGCCGCAGACAUGGCCUACAAGAUUGUCUACGACAACCACUACUUCAUUUGCCAAUACAACUGAUGCAACUGACGCUCAUUUGCACACUUUGCAAUCGGCCCAAAUUGAUGACCAGUUUGAAGAUGCCAUUCAUUUGCUGAGCAAUCACACAGAGCACUCGAGAGGUGUAAUGGGUGAACGUCUUGACGAUGCCAUUGAUAUAUUACGCAAUCACGCGGAAGGACCGCCUAAUUAUCUCACUUCAAAUUUAACUCAUCUUGAGAGCCAUGUGCCAAGUACUUCAAGUCUGGAGGCAGACAGAACCGGAGUAAAUGCCUCUAACAUUAAUGCCAGUCAAUUGAGAUGCGAUUCUGCACCGCCUCCGGGUACCACAAUCGGCAAGAAGUCUAAGACAUCUAAUGCCAACGGCAGUAACAGCACAAACAGUCACGGAAAGGGUAGCAAAAGAUCCCGAUCUCGAUAUCCGACUAAUAGCAGUUCUGCCGACGAGGACGACGCCCCGCCGGAGAUCAAAGUUGAACGCGAAAAAGAGCGAAGACAGGCCAACAAUGCUAGGGAACGAAUUCGUGUGCGAGAUAUCAAUGAAGCGUUCAAAGAGUUGGGACGAAUGGUUGUCAUACACCUUAAGUGCGACAAAGCGCAGACCAAACUCAAUAUCCUUCAUCAAGCCGUCGAUGUUAUCACUAGUUUAGAGCAACAAGUUAGAGAACGAAAUUUGAAUCCAAAGACUGCAUGUCUUAAGAGGCGAGAAGAAGAAAAAUCCGAAGAGGCCAGCGGUGUGAGCGUCGGUGGUGUCGGAGCGCCAAAGUUUGUCCAUCACAUGACACCACCCAACUGCACGCCUAAUCAAACUAAUCUAAACUAAUAAUAAUAAUAAUAUAUAUAUAUAUA